GACAUCACACGUCACGUCACGUCAAGUGUUACGCAGAUUAGCACACUUGAGAAGCCUGCACUCGCUCUCCUCAGCAGCUGUGCCACAAACAAAUAAAAACGGUGUCACAUGAGUGUACGGAAAUACUAAAAGACCUAAACACACACAACAAGAUGGCAUCACACCCGGGAGGAGGCGAUCAAGGCAGUACUACAGAUCAGAUACUGGAAGUGGGAGCUGUUUUGUUAAAGGAUUUCAUCUAUGAGCGGGUUCGGCGGCAUGGAGACAGUAAUGCUACAGUGACCCGGGCGCAGCUGGGCGGAGGUGAGCUGUGUGACCCGAACCACAAGAAGCUCGCCCAGUGCCUGCAGCAGAUUGGCGAUGAGCUCGAUGGGAAUGUGGAGCUCCAAAGGAUGAUAAACAAUUCAUCAAUCAGUCCCACGAAAGACAUGUUUGUGAAAGUCGCCGUAGAGAUCUUUUCAGAUGGGAGGUUCAACUGGGGCCGGGUUGUUGCCCUGUUCUACUUCGCCUGUCGCCUUGUCAUCAAAGCUCUUAUGACCCAAGUUCCUGAUAUCAUCAGAACAAUAAUCAGCUGGACCAUGGACUACCUCCGGGAAAAUGUGAUUAACUGGAUCAGGGAGCAAGGUGGCUGGGAGGGGAUUCGGUCCUACUUUGGCACUCCCACAUGGCAGACCGUGGGAGUUUUCUUGGCUGGUGUUCUCACCACUGUUCUAGUCAUUCGCAAGAUGUGAGCGAUAUAAGGAAGGGAUGCAAGAGACGGACGGCAAAAAAAAGUACUACGGAGAACCAGAUGUUGACACUUAAAAGAAAAACAAAAGGAAGUAAUGUCAGAAUAAACGAGUGGAACAAGAGGAAUCUCGAUGAAUUUGGACAUGAGGAGCGACUUUUCGUUUCCGCCUCCCUUUCAUUUUCAUGAUUGGGAAUUAGACUGAACGCACUGUCGUACCCAUGGUCCUACGCCGCUGAGGGAGUGAGCGGUGCAUGACUACAUGCACAAAAUCGAGAGGGGGUGGGAGGGUUGGUCAGACUUGAACAAGGAAUGCAUUUUAAAUAAUUUAUUUUUUACUUAGUACAGAUUUAAAAAGUCACUGCAAUGUGUUUUCAAAACAAUAUAUGAGAUAAAGACGUGGAAGUUACAUUUCUCUCAGCACUAUUUUCCUUUUAAGUUUUAUUUCUGUUCUACUCGGAUUGCAUUUCUGUUAGUUCCACUCUCACCAUGAGUCUCAACGAGGUGUGUAUGCUUUCUGUCUUCUUCACUUUGUUAGUGUUAACUGGUGUCAAUCUGUGAUGGUGGGAUGGCAAUGAAACCUGAAUGGGAUUUGUCACAUUCUAUUAAGUUAAAAUAUGAUUUGUUUUGCAAAGAUUAAUUAGAUGUACCGAGAAGAUGCGAAAUAGAGAAAUUACGUCUGGGCAAAAAAAAAAAAAUGUACCCCUUCGAUGCACAGCUAAACCUUAUUCAAGCUAAUAUAAGUACCACCUCAAAGAUUUGUAUAAAAGCCGUUUCCACAUUUGCACUCCUGAAAAUGUCUAAAGAAUUUCAAGAGGACUUCCCCUGAAAUCAUCCUGAUCUGGUCAAUCACACAUGCGCCUCACAGCAGGAGACUAGUCCUGUUGGAUGGGAGGGGGGGGUCGGGGGGGGUUUCUGUAGUUCGGCCAAACCUGGUCAAUAGAAAUUGUAAUGCAUCAGUUAAAUCCCAUGCGCGGAGGUCGUACCAGUUGCGUACAUACAACCUUUGGCCGUGCACCGAUCGCAGGGAAAUAAGAUCACCACCCCUCCAACUCGCUUGAGCUAUAUUCCCCGUGAUUUAUAUCGUGCUGCGUUCUCACAUCAGCUUACCUGGACUUUCUGCGGAAAGAAAUACUAGGAGGCUGGCAGGAGAAACUCUGGAUAAAGUCAGAGUGAAAAAGUUGUCUGUUUGCCUUCACACAUGCAGCUCAUUCUGAAAACUUCAGAAGUUUUGUGCAAGUGUGAAAGCACUUAAUGUUCCCAUUUACAUUCAUCCCAUGUAACAAAUGUAUAGCUUAUGGAACAUUUCGUUGUAGGCUGCCUUUAGGCAUUUGACCAGCAUUGUGACCUUAAUGUGGCUCCCAAAAAAAAAAAUAGUUUCAAAUGCAGAGACGUGUGAGCCAUAAACUGUAAAUAUUAGUGGACGAACCCACAGCCCCCCUGUUAAUACAGGCUGUCUCAUCCGAACUUUACGUCAACCUAGCGUCAAGCUAAGAGGUGGAAUGGGUGCAGGUCCUACGCCUCUUGACAAAUGGUUGCCCGCCUGUCAGACCAGCUACACGCUAACGCUUCUCCUUCAAAAAAUAAAAAUGGAUGAGUUAUCCAAAAAUUCACCACCUGUUAAAUGUGUGUUGAUGGAGACAUUAGCUAGUCAUGCCAAUGUCUUUUUCUGAACCAGGCUUUUUUUUUUUUUGAAUGGGUGUUUAUGUGACUUCCGGUGCAUCUGCAGCCAGCCCCAAGCUGACACUCAACGAACUGCAGGAUUUGCACUAAUGCAUUGAUUUCAUUUCUCAAUACCUGAGGUUGCCGCCUGGUAUGAACAGAUAUUCCAUGUUGUCUUUGGAAGAAGUUGCUCCACAGACAAAGAAAGCACUUGAUUCCUUAGAGAUGCUUACCUCACGUCACACAAUUUCCAAGUACUGUAUUUUAUGUGAGCAAUUCAAACUGCAAUCAUACCUACACAACAAACAGCUUUUUUUUAUAGCCUAAAUGCUCCUUGUUUGUCAGUGCCUUGGUGUUUUUUUUACAAUGAAAUCACUUUCAUAUUCUCAAAUUUACUCUUUUUCUAUCACAUUUGUAAAGUUGAAAUCAAUUUCAAGUCUCCCUGAAAAUCUUUUUGCAGUGACCUUGUAUGUUGUAAUAUUGAAAAUAAAUCUUUAACUUAC